CUCAGCUACCCAUCUUAAAUACCCACUCAGAGCUCAUUCACAGAAGACAUGAAACAUAAAGCAAACAACACAAAAUUCUCCCCUUUUUGUCUCUCUUUCAAUGGAAGCCAAAGUAGUCUUCUCUUUCACCUUUUUCGUGUCUUUGUUUUCACUUCAUGCCUACAACCUCCAAACCUACAUAAUCCAACUACACCCACAUGGAAUGAUCAACUCUGCCUUCAACACGAGGCUCGAUUGGCAUCUCUCGUUCCUUGACCGAACCAUUGCCUCCAAAGAUAGCCCAUCUUCUCGCCUUCUUUACUCUUACCAUUCAUCUAUGGAAGGUUUCGCAGCUCGUCUCUCACAAAUUGAGCUGGAAACCUUGCGAAACAUGCAGAAUGUAAUUGCAGUUAGACCUGACCAUUGCCUCCAAAUAUACACCACUUACUCUUACAAGUUCUUAGGACUAGGCACCACGAGGAAGGACGCUUGGUUGCACCCUGGCUUCGGCCGUGGAACAAUAAUAGGUGUACUUGAUACUGGAGUUUGGCCUGAAAGCCCGAGCUUCAGUGACGAUCAAAUGCCUCCAGUGCCCAAGAAGUGGAGAGGGAUCUGCCAGGAAGGACAGGAUUUCAAUUCUUCCAAUUGUAACCGUAAGCUCAUUGGAGCACGGUUUUAUAGUAAAGGGCAACGUGCAUCUUCAGCCACUUCUAGAUUACCAGCUCCUGUGGAAUAUGUAUCCCCCCGCGAUACACAUGGUCAUGGAACCCAUACUUCAUCAACUGCUGCAGGAGUUUCCGUACCCAAUGCAAAUGUACUAGGAAAUGGUGCUGGAGAGGCCCGGGGUAUAGCUCCUGGUGCCCAUGUUGCCAUGUACAAGGUUUGCUGGCUCAAUGGCUGUUACAGCUCUGACAUUCUCGCUGCAAUGGAUGAUGCUAUCAGAGAUGGAGUUGAGAUCCUCUCCCUCUCCCUAGGCGGCUUCCCCAUUCCACUUUAUGAUGACAGCAUCGCAAUAGGAAGUUACAGAGCAACGGAAAGGGGCAUUAUGGUUGUCUGCGCAGCAGGAAACAAUGGUCCAAUCCCAAACUCAGUUGCCAAUGAAGCUCCUUGGAUCACUACUGUUGGUGCCAGCACACUUGACAGGAGAUUCCCAGCUGGAGUUCGCAUGGGGAAUGGCCAAAUUCUCUACGGUGAAUCAAUGUACCCUGGAAACCAGUUGCCAAAUGCUGGGAAAGAACUCGAGCUUGUGUAUGUUACUGAUGGGGACAAGGGAAGCAAACUCUGCUCCAGAGGCUCCCUUCCAAGAGCCAGAAUCCAUGGGAAAAUGGUGGUCUGCGAUCGUGGUGUCAACGGCAGAGCUGAAAAGGGCCAAACUGUUAAGGAAUCAGGUGGUGCUGCAAUGAUACUGGCAAAUACAGCAAUCAACCAGGAGGAGGAUUCUGUUGAUGCUCAUGUCUUGCCUGCAACAUUGAUUGGGUAUGCAGAGUCUAUACGCUUAAAGAGUUACAUAAACUCCACAAGAAGACCCACAGCUCAGAUUGAAUUUGGAGGAACAGUCAUUGGAAGAUCUAGAGCACCAGCAGUAGCAUUGUUUUCAUCAAGAGGACCCAGUUUAACCAACCCUUCAAUCCUCAAGCCAGACAUUAUAGCUCCUGGAGUAAACAUCGUCGCUGCCUGGCCGCAAAAUUUGGGUCCCACCGGCCUUCCAGAAGAUUCUAGAAGAGUUAAUUUCACUGUCAUGUCAGGGACUUCCAUGGCUUGUCCCCAUGUCAGUGGAAUUGCUGCUCUAAUUCGCUCUCACCACCCUGUGUGGAGCCCAGCUGCAGUUAAAUCUGCAAUUAUGACAACGGCUGAUGUCACUGACCAUUACGGUCAGCCAAUCAUGGAUGGUGCAAACCCUGCAGGGGUCUUUGCAAUUGGAGCUGGACAUGUAAACCCUGAAAGAGCAACUGAUCCUGGGUUGGUUUAUGACAUCAGGCCAAGUGAGUAUAUUAUUCAUCUCUGCACUCUCGGAUACUCAAGUUCAGAGAUAUUCACAAUAACUCACAGGAAUGUGAGUUGCCGUGAAGUCCUAGCCAAGAACAGGGGUUUCAGCCUCAACUACCCCUCUAUUUCUGCGAUUUUCAAGACAGGGAGGAUGGGCAUGAAGAUUAAAAGGCGACUAACAAAUGUUGGCCUCCCAAAUUCUACAUACUCAGUGGAAGUUGUGGCACCUGAAGGAGUUACAGUAAAAGUCACGCCACAACAUCUAACAUUCAAUAAUGUAUAUCAAAGUUUGGCAUACAGCAUCUGGCUUGUAUCAUGGAAGACAAUAACAAAAACACAGAAGGUGACCUUUGUUGAAGGACAUUUGACAUGGGUGCACACUCAGAGUAGUCAUUACAGGGUAAGGAGCCCAAUUUCAGUGACUUGGGCGGAUAUGAUACAGUAGCACUAGAAGUUCAAGUAUUGUUGUCUUCAUCUCAAAAGUUUAUCUGAGUUAAUUGUCUGCUCUAGUAGAGGGAAUUAAGGUAGAAAAUAUACAACUGAAACUUACUUUAUCUUUGGAUAAAGAGUGGAAUGAUUAUUAUUUAGAGUUUCAGAUAAUAUAUUCCGGUUCAUUUUGAUUAAAUAUGACAAUUUGAGGUUCAAGUAAACUUUCCUUCUUCUGCUGUAAUAGUCCUGCAAGUGAAUGAACUCAUAUACAUAAGAUUAUAAGGUCCCCUAAACCACCCUUACACUGAACCAUCACCAAUAUUUUUGUAUCUCCAUUAAGAGAUAAUAACUAAAUUUGCAUAUCAAAAGAAAGAAGCGCCAAUGAGGAGAGAGAGACCCAACUGGUAAACAUGAUUUUCAGUAUCAGCAAUCUACUAUAGCUGAGAUCUUCAUUCCCAGUCCGUUGCAGAAAUAUUUCUGAAAUUAACAACAUUUUGGAAAAAGCAAAUUGUGAAAAUAUUUUCUAUUCUCCAUUUAAUAAUAUAUGUUCACUAUAUUUCUCACAAAAAAAAAAUGGAAGUGCAAAUGCAAGCAAGCCACAAGGAAAUCAACACACCUGUUUCGAAUAUCGGCAAUCUACCAUGUUGAAUUCUUCUUCUACAGUUCAGCUGAUAUUUAUUUAGUUAAAAUGGUAUAUUCUGAAACAGUAAAUACGGGUGACCUCAAAAAGGCAUCUCUCCCAUUAAACUCCAAAAUGAGGCUAGCCCACGGCUUAUUUUACAUCUUAGAAUGCAAAUAAAAUUUGGUCAUAAAGGCAUUCAGCUUGCAGAACCCAACAACCUAGGAUAGAGUUUUUUGGUUGACUAUUUAUGCUCUUAUCCGGAUAUUCAACCCAGUGAUUACAGAAAGUGAUAAGAUCAAUUUGGCUUGUAUUGUCCUGUAAACAUGGAAUCAUGUUUUGAAAA